AUGUCUACGAGGGUUUUUAGAGGUUCAGUAGGAAGUCUGGACGCUUUGAGUUUGGAAGAUGUUGAAGAAUUUCAAGAAAACGUAACUCCCAAAUCUGAUGAGGUUCCAGCUGUCCAACCACAUCUUUUUGUUCAAUUUCGCCAUCCGGAUGAACCUGUCACUUGGCAAACCACCCCUAAUGAGAUGAAAAUUGUGAUUGUGAAGUUCCUCGACUAUCGAUCUAGACAAUCCCUCCGUCGUGUCUCUCGAUCUGACAAACUCCUAGUGGAUAAUACCAAAUUCCACGUCCAUCCUUCGUCAUCAAAGCUACCGUACUUCCCAACUUCAUCUUCAUUUGUUCACUUCCCAAGAAUUUCGUCUUCCGGUCGUAUAAGGUUGGAAAUUGAUCAAGGAGCAAUUGUGGAUCUCACUGAACAAUUGAAACAGACCAAACAGAGGAUUACGAUUAGAACUGAACUUUUUCAUCUUCAAGGGAGUCCAACUUAUCCUGUUGGGAUCUUAGUUGUUGAUUUUUUGGAGUUUCUGGAUGUCAAAGAUGUUCUUAUUGAUGGGCAUUGCCCUCUAAUAAUUUUUGAAUUGAUGAUUGAUCUGGACCAAUGGAAAAAAUCUAGAUCAAUUACGUUCAAUCAUUUUAAUGAUCUACCAAUCAACCCAUUUUUACAUGUGAAUAUUUUAAGACUGAGUUUAGAGGAAAUAUCAAUUGAGGACGCUAGGAAAGUUAUCAAGGUAUUUGUUAACAAGAAAAUCCUGAAAGCAGGAACAAUAUCCUUCUACAUCAAGACUAAAGAACCAAUCAAAUUCUGGAAAUUUCUCGAUCAUACAGAUUACGAAUUGAGCCAGAAACUGGCAACCCACGGAGCACUUCCCAGUGUUCAAGUGCUCAUAAUGCCAAAUUCCGAUAGUUUGGUGUUUCCCGUGAUGGCAAAAGAGAAACUGUUUUGUGGAUGUGCUUGCAAAAUGGAUGAUAAUCUUGUGGAGAAUUUUAAAGAAACCCUGGGUUUAUGA